UGAAGAGAGGCGCAGGAUAAAGAGAAUAGAAACAAUUAAAAAAGAAGACAGAAGAAAUGCCUCCGAAGAGAAGAAAUGAAUCUGCAGUUAAGGUUGAAGAUGUUGGGAUGGACGUCGAUGCAGUGGACAGUGGAAGUGAAGAUGAGGCCAGGAGGAGAUCCAAAAACAGAAGAGCCAAACAACAACAACAACGUAAAGCCAAACGGGUCAGCAGUGAGGAGGACGAGGACGAAGAGGAUGAGGACGAGGCGCCGAGAAAAAGAGGACGAAAGAAGAAAGCCAAACGCCGGGACAGCGAUGAGGACGAGGAUGAGGAUGAGGAGGAGGACAACCGCAGCGUGAAAAGCAAAAGUAAAAAAGGAAAGAAGAAAGCUGCGAAGGAGGAGAGCGACGAGGAGAGCGAAGAUGACCGGCAGAAGAAGAAAAAACGAGGGUCCAAGCAGGACAAAGAGGAGGAGAACAAGGAGAAGAAGGGAAAUGUUAAAGGGAAAGGUGGUGAGAAGGACAAGAAAAAGAAGAAUGGGAAGUCCAGCAGCUCUUCUUCCUCUGGCUCUGAUGAAGAAUCUCUGUCGGAGGGGGAGAUGGAAGCAUUGAAGGAAGAGGUAGAGGAGAAGAAGAAAUUGGUCGCUACAUUAAGGAACCAACCCUGGCGCAUGAAGAGGAGACUCGUAGUGCUCAAGGAGGCCCAGGAGUUCAUUGAAAAGUUUGAAGGAGCUCUUGGGAAAGGAAAAGGCAGGAAGCUGUACGCGUUCAAAGUCAUGAUGACCAAGAUUCUCAUGGGUCUUCCCUACGGAUCCAUUCCCAGGAAAACUGUGCCUCGAGAGGAGCAGGACACAGCUAUGGACUACUCGGUUCUCUUUGACUUCGGAGUGAGGAUCUUAGCUUUAUUUAUCUGUUUAUUUAUCACAACUGACCUGGGUUGACUGACAUUAAAAAUAUAUAUACCUUAUCAACAGGGAUACUGCAAGUACUCCUUUUUGUUCUACGGGUACUACAAUGACGAACCAACGGUUGGGGUGCUGAAGUUCAGACUCCCUCUGUCAUACCUGCUGGUGGGCGUUGGCAUUUUUGGAUACAGCCUGAUGGUUGUCAUAAGAACGAUGGCUCGUAACUCAAAUGAAGGAGGGGAUGGGGCGGAGGAGGGGGAGUUCACCUUCAGUUGGAAGAUGUUCACAAGCUGGGAUUACCUGAUAGGAAAUCCUGAGACUGCAGACAACAAGUACGCCUCCAUUACCACCAGCUUCAAGGAAUCCAUCGUGGACGAACAGGAAAACCAAAAAGAUGAGAACAUCCAUCUCCGACGGUUCCUCCGGGUUCUGGCGAACUUUCUGAUUGUGACGUGCCUCGGAGGCAGUGGAUACCUCAUCUACUUUGUGGUGAAACGUUCUCAGGAGUUUGCUAAGAUGGAGAAUAAAGAGCUGUCAUGGUUUGAAAAGAAUGAGGUGGAGUUUGUGAUGUCUCUGCUGGGGCUGGUGUGUCCUCCUCUGUUUGAAACCAUUGCGGAGUUGGAAGAUUAUCACCCUCGUAUUGCCCUCAAGUGGCAGCUGGGACGAAUCUUUGCUCUUUUCCUGGGAAACCUUUACACCUUCCUCUUCGCCCUGUUUGACGAGGUUAAUGCCAAGCUGGAGAGCGAGAAGUUAAUCAAGAACGCCACUGAAUGGACCUUGCAGCAGUACUACGCCAACUACAGCUCGUUCUACAACACAACAGAUGUGCCUCCUCCAGCUGUGCACCCGGCCGACGUCAUCAGAGGACCCUGCUGGGAGACGGCAGUGGGAAUAGAAUUUGUGAAGCUGAUUGUGUCGGACAUUCAGGUGACCUACUUGACCAUCCUGAUUGGUGACUUCCUGCGAGCUGUCAUCGUCCGCUUUCUCAACUACUGCUGGUGUUGGGACCUGGAGGCCGGAUUUCCUUCAUAUGGAGAGUUUGACAUCAGUGGGAAUGUGUUGGGGCUCAUCUUCAAUCAAGGAAUGAUAUGGAUGGGAGCAUUUUAUGCUCCAGGUCUUGUGGGUCUGAAUGUUUUACGUCUCCUGAGCUCAAUGUACUACCAGUGCUGGGCAGUGAUGUGCUGUAACGUUCCUCAUGCACGAGUUUUUAAGGCCUCGCGGUCCAACAACUUCUACAUGGGCCUGUUGCUGCUUGUGCUGUUCCUCAGCCUGCUGCCUGUUGUCUACACCAUCAUGACCCUGUCGCCAUCCUUCGACUGUGGACCAUUCAGUGGCCAGGAGAAGAUGUAUGACGUGAUCAUGACAACUAUAGAACAGGACCUUCCAGCCUUCAUAGGAAACAUUUUCACAUAUGCCACCAACCCUGGACUCAUCCUGCCUGCUAUCCUCCUCAUGGUGUUGGCCAUCUAUUACCUGAAUGCAGUGUCAAAGGGAUACCAACAAGCAAACCUGGACCUUAAAAGGAAGAUGCAAAUGGCUCGAGACGAGGAGAAGAACCGAAGGAACAACAAGGACAGCACUAAUCAAGUGAUGAAAGACUUGGAGGACCUGCUGCCAAACAAGUCUCUAAUACCACCUCCCAUCGAGGAAGAGCCACCCCCACCCGAUGUUGUAAUUGAGAAGGGCAGCAAGUCUCCCAAAACGAAACAACGUGCAGCAGGAAAAGGGGUUAAUCUGCAAAAGGAGGUGUCACUGGCUGCCCCAAACCCCAGAGCUCCAGUGACCCGUGCACCGGGGCCAAGAGGGCCUCCUGCAAACGCCAGGGGGCCCCAACCUGGGCCUGGGAGAGGAAGAGGUCGGGGUGGGCCUCCAAGGCACUAAAAUUCAAGAUUCAUGGACUAAAAUUCCAGAAUACACCUACAGUUCACCACAAACAACCACCAAGGCAGUCUGAGUCAUACAGUAU